AUGUCUUCAUGGGACGAAAUCUACAGCCGCCUCAUCUUCAAAAGCGGCAUAGGCUUCAUAUACCGCCAGGUAUGCAUGCACCCUCCUCCAAUAGCAACAGACNUCAACCUUGACGGCCAAACAACCAUCAUAACCGGGUCAAACACCGGUCUGGGGUUUGAAGCAGCACGGCAACUCCUCCAGUUAAACCUUUCUCGGCUUGUUCUAGCAGUCCGGUCCGAGACCAAAGGCAACUUUGCGGCAGAAACCCUUCGCAAGGAGUUUCCGCACGCUCAAAUAGAGGUCUGGAUCUUAGAUAUGGAAGAUCCUGAGUCAGUAUCUGCAUUCGCUACAAAAUGCCAGAAUCUGGGUAGGCUGGACAUGGUCAUUCUCAACGCUGGCGUGCAGAACAAGGACUAUGUCUUAUCGGCCAAGACAGGAAGGGAGCAGACUUUCCAAGUGAACUACCUCUCCACGAUCAUGCUGGCCGUACUUCUUCUACCGAUACUGAAAUCCAAAGCAAGUCUAGCAGGAAAACCUGCCAGGCUCACGGUGGUGACAUCAACGACCGCAUAUUUCGCAGAUUUCGAUCACAAAAAAGCAAUUUUACCGCAGUUUGAUGAAGCUUACGAUGUUACGAAGUGGUAUGCGCGCGAGAAGUUGCUACAAAUGAUUUUUGUGAGAAGACUGGCAGAGCUAGUCAACUCUGAUGAGGUAGUUAUCAACACGGUAUGUCCGGGAUUAGUUGGAGGUACGGAAAUUUGGCGUUCCUUGAACGCAAGCUUUGUCCUGAGAUGUUUGCUCUCAGUUUACUUCUACUUAUUCAGUAGAAGAUUGGAAACUGGGGCCAGCACGUAUGUACAUGCUGUGGUGGUUGCAGGUCGAGAAAGCCAUGGAGGCUUCUUGAGUGACUGGGGGGUACGCCCAUAUCCAAAUGUUAUGUAUUCAAAGCGUGGCAAGAGAUUGACAGAGAAGGUCUUGAGCGAAAGCAGAGAGACGCUCAGAUCUUUGAACGUUCCAUACGCCCUGAUAAAGGAUCUCUAG